UGCCACUUGAUUUAUGAAUUUAUGAACCGGUCCAUAAAUUUAUGAAUCUAUAUAUAAUUCAAUCUACGAAUCCAUGAAUCAGAUCUAUUUGUCACCUGGAAUGUUAUCAAAGAUAUCAUCUAAUUUUCUAGGAGAUAUCGUACUCGAGACAUUGUUUCCUAAAUUUAUACAAUUUAAGUAUAUAAAAAACGGCAAAGUCCAUGCAUCAAAUCUACCGGCCGAGUAACCUCCAGCCACAAUGCAUAACACCACAAAUGAUCAAGACAGCAGAUCGAGAGCCGUACGCCAAUUCAAGAGCAGCACGACGGAGCGGCGACACUCUUCGAUCAGUACACUUUACACAUGUAUGUAUAAAAUGAGUUUGUGAGCAAUUCUUACGUACUGUUAUCGAUCAACGUCAUCACUAUUACCUACCAUCAAAAUCAGGAAAAUAAAAUAAAAAGGGUCACUAUGAUCAGAAGGAAGAAGAAGCAGCAGCAGCAUGUGAUCACCGUAGCGAUCACUACUGCAACAGUGAUCAUGGCGCGAGCGCUAAUCAGCGUCGACGCGCGAAUCAUUAACAUCACAAACACGAUCAGCAGCGAGAAGGCACUGAUAAUUAUCCACUGUGCAUCCGCAGACGACGACCUCGGGGCCCGCGCCAUGAACUCCGGCGAGGUCUACAGCUGGCAUUUCGAGGACAACUGGAGGCCCUUCAGGGACGCGCUGUUUUGGUGCCACCUCGCGUUGGAAGACAAGCGGCUUUCUUUUGAUGCGUACGUCGAACGACCAGACCGUCUAGGGUACGCCGUCCUGGGAUACGAUGUCAACGAAACUGGGGUUUAUGGCCCUGACAUGUUUAAUAUGUCGAGGGCGUAUGGGUUGCUUCAUGCAUGGAGGCAGAUUCGUGAGCUCCAUUGAAAUGCCGUGGAUCGCUUAAUCAGUGCGCCUCGUUUGUUUUAUGCAAAAGCCUGUGUGAUGCGGCCAGAGAUCUUCUUUUUCCUGCUAAUACUGUGACCAUUACUUUCUGGACUAUAUGUAUAACAUCCAUCCUAAGAACUCAAAACUCAAGCUGUACAGUGCUCCUGUAAAUAUCAGGCAAAGAUACUACUGGAACUGCACAAAAUCCAGGAGAA